AUGACGCCGUCGCAAAGGCCUGACGUGGGCGACUUUCGCCGGAGGCUCCGUGAGUUCUCAGCAGAAGCGACGGCGGUGGGAGGCAGAAAGAAAAAGGAAAGCGCCACCGUCGCACAAAUCGCCGCCGCCGUGAGUUCCAUUGGUCGUUGCUUUACGGCGAUGCGAGGGCGGGAAGCGAUUCCCUCCAACGACCCAGUGAGACAGUUGAUGAGUGGUGACCAACUGACAAUCUGCUACAGCCAACAUUAUCUGCUCCUCUGGGGCUUUGGAAUUAUUGCUUCACGCGCAACAACGGCGCGUUGUGGACACCUCGUGGCUUUUCCGUUACCGCUUUCUGUUCAAGCACAGAUAGGAGCAGCUUCGGGCGAAAAAGCUCCGGCGACAAUGAUGAGGUUCACUGUCCGUCUGAAAUGCCUGACAAAUUCGCUUCGCGAUUGGAAAGAUACAGAUUUCGGACGAAAGAAUGCAGCUGCUGUCACUGAAGCAUUUCGACCUUUUGCAACUUCUUGUGGGAAGCCGUUUUCAAGGUCAAUGCAGGAGGAAAUUGUUAAUGCACUUCACUCGGGCGAUAGAAGUAGAGCUUCCUGCCUCUUGUCUGAGCUCAGUAAUCGAAGCCUGCCACUGCAAGCUCGUGAUUUUGUCUCUAUUCUUCAGUAUUGUGCGAAAGCACCCGAUCCGUUGUUUGUUAUGGAAACUUGGAAAGUCAUGCUGGAGAAGGAUGUUGAGUUGAGUGGCAACUGCUAUUUUCUUACAAUCCGGUCUCUAUGUAGAGGUGGUCAUCUGAAAGAGGCAUUCCAAAUUCUGCGCAUUCAAAGAGAAAACUCGAACAUAUAUCCAUCAUUGCCGGUUUAUAAUGUUUUGUUAGAAGCCUGUGUCCAAUCAAAUAGCCUAGAUCAUGCUACUGAGUGCUUGACUAUGAUGGAGCAGCAGGGAAUUCACAAAAAUGAUUAUACGUACAAUUUUCUUCUCAAGCUUGCAGUCUUGCGGGAGGACCUAGCAGCAGUUCAUGAAAUCUGGAAGGAGUAUAUCAGCUGCCAUAUUCCAAGCAUUAUAACUGUUCAGAAGUUUAUCUGGUCUUUCACAAUGUUGAAAGAUUUACAGUCUGCUUGUGCUGCCUUACAGCAAAUGAUAGCUGUGGCCUUACAACAAAAAGAUAGCAUCAUUGAAACUCCUAAAAGAAUGCUGCUUGAUUCAACCUCGGAAAUUCCCAUACCCUUAUCUGAUGAUUCGGCUCAGAAUAAAUGUGAAGAGAAUAAUUAUCCUUCUGUUCUUUCAAGUUCAGAAUGUUACAAGGAAAGGGAUUCAAAUGAGGCAUUAAAAUUCGACUCGGUGGAAAGAGGUGUCAGUGCUGGCACAAACAGUUUGUCAGGACAACCAUUCUCCGAACCAGUCAUGAAAUUAUUGGGAAGGUCAGUUGGUGACAUCAUUCAGUCUUGUGCUAAGUCAAAAAAUGUUCUGUUGGCCAAGCAUUUAAUGUUACAGAUGCAAAAUCUUGGCCUGGAACCAUCAUCCUGGGUGUACGAUGGCUACGUAAGAUCAUUGGUUCCUGUGAAGGAUUUCCAUGAAGCCAUGGAUGUGCUAGAAGUCAUGCAACAGAAAAGGAUGAAGCCGCUCGACUCAACACUUGCCGCAAUAUCAGUAAGCUGCAGCAAGGGUUUAGAAUUGGACUUGGCUGAGACAAUGCUUGCUCAAAUGUCCAAAUGCCAUUACGCUUAUCCUUUCAAUGCUUUCCUAGAAGCAUGCAAUACCCUGGGUCAACCUGUACGUGCUCUUAGGAUAUUGGCUAAAAUGAAGGAUUUGAAAAUUACGCCAGAUAUCAGGACUUACGAACUGCUGUUUUCAUUGUUUGGCAAUGUCAAUGCACCCUAUGAGGUAGGAGAUUUGCUUUCGCACAAUGAUGUUGCUAAAAGGAUAAUGGCCAUAGAAAUGGAUAUGUCGAAGCAUGGCAUCCACCACAGUCGUACAUCAAUCUACAAUCUGUUGAAAGUCUUAGGAAGGGAAGGCAUGAUAAAGGAGAUGAUUCAUUACCUGGGUGUUGCAGAGAACCAGUUCUUACAGAGAGGCAGUCAUAUAGGGGCACGUACUUACAACAUGGUUUUGCAUUCUCUUGUUGAGGCUAAAGAAAGUCAUAUUGCCAUUGAGAUAUUCAAGGGAAUGAUUUCAUGCGGACUCUCACCAAAUGCAACCACUUACAACAUUAUGAUCGACUGCUGUAGCAUUAUAAAAUGCUAUAGAUCUGCUUGUGCUAUAAUCUCGAUGAUUAUUCGUCGUGGCUUCUCCCCCAAUUCAGUGACUUGCACACCUCUAAUUAAGGGAAGGAUUGAUGUGAUCGAGCUCAUUGUAGAGCAGAUGUAUCGACAGAAAAUCAAACCCGAUCCAUCAACUUGCAGUCACGUUUUCACCGCAUAUGUAGAAAGUGGCUUCCAUAGCACUGCCAUGGAAGCAUUGCAAGUUCUAAGCAUGAGAAUGAUUUCGCAUGACGAAAAUAUUCUGGACGAGAAAAAAUUAGAGUAUGAGAAUCUUAUUUUUGGCGAGGACCCAGAGACUGAAUCGCGGAUUAUCGAGGUUUUUAAAGAUUCACCGUCUACUGGUGUGGCUCUACUGUAUUUAAGGUGGUCCGCAACCCUUGAAUUAUCGAUAUCUUGGUCACCAAGUGAAAGCCCGUGGGCUAAGAGGCUCUCGAGUGAUUAUGCUUCGAGACAUAGUGGCUGAUGAAAAUAUAAAAUGGUGUCUCUACUUUUUGGAAAUCUACCUCAAAAGUUGUACUCGAUCAUGGAAGAAGGCUCGUCCAAAUCCGAUUGAUUUGUAAAUAUAUUGCAAAAAUUACAGCUGAGAAAGAUAAAAGCUGAUAAUUUGUGUUAGCCUCAUCUUCUGUAUUUGUUCAUCCUCAGGCUCAAGAAUAGUUCUGUUCGAGAUCACAAAGGCUUACUCCUUCGGGUUUCUGAUUUUUCGGUUAUUUUAGAUUAGUUAGUGUUGAAAUUUCACUCGUGCAAUAUAUAGCAAAAAAGUAGACUUGGAUUUUGUAGAUUGUAACAUGUUUUGAGGUUUACAGGGACCAAUUGUGCCACUGAACCUUCCAAGUAUGCAUCCAUUUUUCUAUUUUAAGACAUGAAAGCUGAUC